UUGAUUAUCCCCAGCUGCUAAAUCUCCUUCACACGCUCCCUUCUCCUCUCUUUCCAGUUAAUCUCCAGGAAAGAAACCGCCAACGUCCAACACGGCAUUAGCAGCAGCAGCGACCGCACCCCACAAGAAGAACCACAGCCAAACCACCAUGCAUGUGUUCCUCGCAGCAUAGGUAGUCCAGUCAUUGCUUGCCUCUAAAGUAGUUGUUCUUUCCAUUCUAGAUAUAGGGAAACCAACCCCACUCUCUCUCUCUUUCUGCUGGUGCUAUAGGUUGUUGCACGUUUUGCUCCCCUCCUUUUCUUUUCAGUUUCCUACCCAGCCAUGGCUUGGAGCUUUCAGCUGCGUGCGGCCAGUUGUCCUCUCUCGUCGUAGCAAGCAGGAUAUUUCAUCUCCGUCUCUCUCAUCCCUUGAAAUCGAGAGAGAGACCGCCAAGGUCUGAAGCUGCUGACUGUUGAAGGAUAGCAAGGCUCCUGACUCAGCCUCAAGAAGAAGGUGAAUCUGUUCGGUGGUAGAAGAUCAAGUGAUAGGCCAUGAUGAGCAAUCUUAGGCUUGGUGUUGAGGUCCUCAGUGCUCAUGACCUCCUCCCGAAAGAGCAGGGCACAGCCAAUGCUUUUGUCGAGGUCGAAUUUGACGACCAGAAGUUCCGUACAGCCAUCAAAGACAGGGACCUCAACCCUGUCUGGAACGAGCAGUUCUACUUCAACAUAUCUGAUCCAUCCUGCCUCCCAGAGCUACACCUUGAGGCCUAUGUGUACCAUGCGAACCGCGCCAGCAAUUCCAAGGCUUGCCUUGGCAAGGUUCGCAUCUCGGGCACAUCCUUUGUCAGCCAACCUGAUGCCUCAGCCCUGCACUACCCCCUGGAGAAGCGCACAAUCUUAUCACGUGCACGUGGUGAGCUUGGGCUAAGAGUAUUCCUUACAGAUGACCCAUCAGUAAGGGUGUCUGCACCAGGUCAGGAAUUCAAUAUGUUGAGCACGCCUACCACCGCACAAGAGCAGGCAGCAGUGAACUCCAUUCCAAAUCCUUUCCAAGAGACCAGACCAAACCCAGUGAGACAAUUCCAGCACUUGCCAAGAGAACAGCACCGUCCGGAAUCAAUGACUGCGCAACCAUACUACUCUGAAGGUUCAUAUGGAGAGCCGCAACAGAGAAGCUUUUCUGCAGUUGGGAAUAAAACUGGAGCCCCUCAGCCUCGGGUAGCAAGGAUGUACGCUCCAGGUCCACAACAGCCUAUAGACUUUCAGCUGAAGGAGACAAGCCCAAUGCUUGGUGGAGGACGUGUUAUUGGCGGCCGGGUGAUCCCUGGUGAAAAGGCUGGAGCAUACGACCUUGUUGAGAAGAUGCAGUACCUCUUUGUGCGUGUGGUCAAGGCCCAUGACCUGCCCAACAUGGACAUCACCGGGAGUCUUGACCCUUAUGUGGAGGUGCACCUUGGAAACUACAAAAUGAAAACAAAGCACUUCGAGAAGAAUCAGAGGCCUGAGUGGGACGAGGUGUUUGCAUUCCCUAAGGAAGUCCUGCAGUCAACUACACUCGAAGUUGUUGUGAAAGACAAGGAUGUCCUUCGGGAUGACUAUGUUGGUCGGGUGAUGCUCGACCUGAAUGAGGUGCCUCUAAGGGUCCCUCCUGACAGCCCAUUGGCGCCGGAGUGGUAUCGUCUUGUGGGAAAGGAUGGCAUGAGGGACAGAGGAGAGCUGAUGCUUGCAGUCUGGUAUGGAACUCAAGCGGAUGAAUGCUUCCCAAGUGCCAUCCAUGCGGGAUCAACCCCAGUUGAUUCCCAUCUUCACAAUUAUAUCCGUGGGAAGGUCUACCCUACACAAAGAAUGUGGUACGUGAGGGUCAAUGUAAUCGAGGCACAGGAUAUAAUCCCAAUGGAGAACCGUAUACCUGAUGUGUUUGUAAAAGUGAGGCUGGGCCACCAAUUGUUGAAGACAAGGCAAGCUCGCUCACCAACCAAAAACUUUACGUGGAAUGAGGAGAUGAUGUUUGUCGCAGCAGAGCCUUUUGAUGAUGACUUGAUCAUAUCAAUAGAAGACCGUGUUGCACAUAACAAAGAUGAAGUGAUUGGUGAAGCUAUCAUACCACUCACAAAGCUUCAAAGGCGGGCUGAUCACAAGCCAGUACGGCCAGCGUGGUUCGAUCUCAGAAGACCAGGGCUGAUUGAUGUGAACCAGCUAAAGGAAGAUAAAUUCUAUGCAAAGGUACACCUUCGUGUUUGCCUUGAAGGCGGGUAUCAUGUGCUUGAUGAGUCCACACAAUAUUGCAGCGAUCUCCGGCCAACAAUGAAGCAGCUUUGGAAACCACCAAUCGGGUUGCUUGAAGUUGGCAUUCUAGGUGCAAAUGGUCUAAAUCCAACAAAAACCAGAAACGACCGGGGGUCAUGCGAUGCAUAUUGUGUUGCCAAAUAUGGGCAGAAAUGGGUGCGGACACGCACAAUUGUUGAUAGCUUGAGCCCUCGAUUCAAUGAGCAGUAUACAUGGGAUGUCUUUGAUCAUGGAACAGUACUCACCAUUGGUCUGUUUGACAACUGCCACAUAAGUGGAGAUAGCAACCAUAAUUCUCCCGGCCAUAUGGAUAAACCCAUUGGGAAAGUGCGAAUUCGUCUUUCAACGCUUGAGACCGGGCGGGUGUACACACACACAUAUCCAUUGCUUAUCCUCCACCCAUCAGGAGUUAAAAAGAUGGGUGAACUUCACCUUGCCAUCCGGUUCUCAGCCACAUCCCUGAUCAAUGUGCUCUUUACAUACUCUCGGCCCCUCUUUCCCAAGAUGCAUUAUGUGCAGCCUCUGUCAAUAGUCCAGCAGGAAAUGCUCCGCCACCAGGCUGUCCAGCUGGUUGCACAGCGACUGGGGCGCAUGGAGCCACCAGUUCACAGGGAAGUUGUUGAGUUCAUGUCAGAUGCCCGCUCUCACCUAUGGAGCAUGCGACGGAGCAAAGCUAACUUCUUCCGUCUUAUGCAAGUCUUUUCUGGAGUCAUUGCUGCAGGGAAGUGGUUCGGCGAUGUUUGCCAGUGGAAAAACCCAGUCACCACCGUCUUGGUACAUGUGCUCUUUGUCAUGCUUGUGUUCUAUCCAGACCUUAUCCUGCCAACGAUCUUCCUCUACAUGUUCUUGAUAGGGUUGUGGAAUUACCGGUUCCGGCCGCGCUUCCCACCACACAUGAACACAAGAAUAUCUUAUGCUGAUGUUGCCCAUCCAGAUGAGCUUGAUGAGGAAUUUGAUACAUUCCCAACCACAAAGAGCCCAGAUCUCAUUAGGAUGAGGUACGACAGGUUACGGCAUGUUGCUGGGAGGAUACAGACAGUGGUCGGGGAUAUCGCCACUCAGGGAGAGAGACUGCAAUCGCUGCUGAGCUGGAGGGACCCAAGGGCAACAGCUAUGUUCCUAUUACUUUGCUUGAUCACUGCGAUUAUACUAUAUGUGACACCAUUCCAAGUGAUUGCACUCUGCCUUGGGUUCUUCUGGAUGAGGCACCCUCGGUUUCGCCACAAGGUGCCUGCAGCACUGGUAAACUUCUUCAGGAGGCUACCUGCAAAGACAGAUUCUUUGCUGUAAAGUUCUUCGGAUAUCACAUAUCAGCCAGUGAUGUCUAAUGUACCACUUUGUAUCUGUUUUUUGUGGCCCAUAUAUUGUUAUAUAAUAGCAUUAAGUGAGAUCAUAUGUAAUUGCUGCUUAUGUGACAGAACAAAAUAAGUCAAUUUCGUCAGACAAUUUUCCUGCUUUUAGAUGUUAAGAAGAUACUCAAACUUCAGUAUAGCAUGAAAUGUUUAU